GAUUGGUCACGUAAAGCCAUUAAUCCGCCUCCCCCCAAUCGCAAAACCCUAUCCUCUUUCUUUCUCCCUCUCUCUCGCUCUCUCCACCUUCUUUCCUAUUUUUACCUAACAUUUUUCUCUGCAGUGGCUUCAAAAUCAUAAUCCUAACACUAAAAUAUCAACCUUUUUUUCCACAGAUUCGUAGAAUGAACGACACAAAGGACAACGACGCUUACGAGGAAGAGCUUCUCGACUAUGAGGAAGACGACGAAAAAGCACUUGACUCCUCCACCGCCAAAGUCAACGGCGAGGCCCCUAAGAAGGGUUAUGUAGGAAUUCAUAGUUCUGGAUUCAGAGAUUUCCUUUUGAAGCCAGAGCUUCUAAGGGCAAUUGUGGACUCUGGGUUUGAGCAUCCUUCUGAAGUGCAACAUGAGUGUAUCCCUCAAGCUAUUUUGGGGAUGGAUGUUAUUUGCCAAGCAAAAUCUGGGAUGGGUAAGACUGCUGUUUUCGUUCUGUCAACGUUGCAGCAAAUUGAGCCUGUCUCAGGUCAAGUUGCUGCACUGGUUUUAUGUCACACAAGGGAAUUAGCUUACCAGAUAUGUCACGAGUUCGAAAGGUUCAGCACUUACUUGCCUGAUAUAAAGGUUGCUGUUUUCUAUGGUGGUGUGAACAUAAAAAUCCACAAGGAUCUCCUGAAAAAUGAAUGCCCUCAUAUUGUUGUUGGAACGCCUGGAAGGAUACUUGCGCUAGCAAGAGAUAAAGAACUAUCUUUGAGGAAUGUGAGGCAUUUUAUACUUGAUGAAUGUGACAAGAUGCUCGAGUCACUUGACAUGAGGAGAGAUGUGCAGGAAAUUUUCAAGAUGACUCCUCAUGAUAAGCAAGUUAUGAUGUUCUCGGCAACACUCAGCAAGGAGAUCCGCCCUGUUUGCAAGAAAUUUAUGCAAGAUCCAAUGGAAAUUUAUGUGGACGACGAAGCCAAGUUGACCCUGCAUGGUCUUGUGCAGCACUACAUCAAAUUGAGUGAGCUCGAGAAGAACCGCAAGUUGAAUGACCUGCUCGAUGCAUUGGACUUUAAUCAAGUUGUUAUAUUUGUGAAAAGUGUGAGCAGAGCGGCAGAGCUGAACAAAUUACUCGUGGAGUGUAAUUUUCCAUCCAUCUGCAUCCAUUCUGGCAUGUCCCAGGAAGAGAGGUUGAUGCGCUACAAGGGUUUCAAGGAGGGGCAGAAGAGGAUUCUCGUGGCAACAGAUUUGGUCGGUAGGGGGAUUGACAUUGAACGGGUUAACAUUGUCAUUAACUAUGACAUGCCAGAUUCUGCAGAUACCUACCUGCACAGGGUGGGUAGGGCCGGUAGGUUUGGCACCAAAGGACUUGCCAUCACCUUUGUUUCCUCUGCUUCUGACUCUGAUGUUCUAAAUCUGGUUCAGGAGAGGUUUGAGGUGGACAUUAAAGAGCUUCCUGAGCAGAUUGAUACCUCUACAUAUAUGCCAUCAUGAUGUGGUUCACAACCUGCAACCGUCAGUGCCCAAGAGGGAAGGAGUGCUUCUUGUCAGUUGUAAAGUUUUUCUUCAUUGGGCAUAGUAUUAUGUUUUAACUAGUUGAUUGGCAGGUUGAUGGUCUACUCUUCUAUGCUUCAUUCUGCUUCUGAAGUAUUGUAAUUUUAUUAUGCCUGUGGGUGGCCCUGCAGAGAAUGUGGAAGGCAAGGAAGUAGUUCGGGAAAGGGGAAAAGUCACCCACUAGUUGGCAUAGCCAAUUAUAAGGAAUGGUGGCAUGCCGAUGUUAAGAAAUUGGAAGAGAGAGAGAGAGAGAGAAGGAAGCAUGACGAGACAUAACUUGUAGACUCGAUGUUUAUUACGUGAUACCAUACUGAAGGUUUCUCUGCUAUAGGGCUGUCCUUCGCUCUAAACAGGUUGCAUGCUGGU